CCAGUUCCGACCGGUCGUGUGUGAGACCCGGCUCCCUCCUCGGAUCUCUGAUUCCAUCUUCAGGUUGCUGUUUAGGAUGGCUGGAAUGAAGGAGCAGCAGAUCACGGAGGAGAAGCCGCUGCUGCCUGAGCCCAAAGGAGCGGACGCAGACAUGCAGGACAAGUCAGAGGAGGCUUCAGGAGAGGCUCCUGUCACUCCCACUCCUGCUCCGCCCAACAACACCUCCUCCACCACCAACCGCCCCCUUCACCGCUGGCAUGUCAUCGCUCGGCACUGGCUGAAGCAGACGCGCCGCCGCGCCACCGGGGUCCCGUCGGAGAGCUGCGAGCAGCUGAUGCCCCCUGGAGACUGGAAGGAACAUGAUGUGGAGACUCCAUAUGGGAUGUUGCACGUGGUCAUCCGCGGCGCUCCGAAGGGAAACAAGCCGGCCAUCCUCACCUACCACGACGUGGGACUGAACCACAAGCUCUGCUUCAACACGUUCUUCAACAACGAGGACAUGCAGGAGAUCACCAAACACUUUGUGGUCUGCCACGUUGACGCUCCAGGGCAGCAGGUCGGAGCUUCGCAGAUGCCACAGGGGUACCAGUACCCCACCAUGGACCAGCUGGCCGGGAUGCUGCCCACCGUGGUGCAACACUUCGGCUUCAAGAGCAUCGUGGGAAUAGGAGUCGGCGCCGGAGCGUACAUCCUCGCCAAGUUUGCCCUGAUCUUCCCCGACCUGGUGGAGGGAUUGGUCCUGCUCAACAUUGACCCGAACGGCAAGGGCUGGAUCGACUGGGCCGCCAGCAAGCUGUCUGGACUGACCAGCACUCUGCCCGACACUGUUCUGCCACACCUGUUCAGUCAGGAGGAGCUGAUGAACAACACAGAGCUGGUUCAGAGCUACAGGCAACAGAUCAACAACAACAUCAACCAGUUCAACCUGCAGCUCUUCUGGAACAUGUACAACAGUCGGAGGGACCUGGAGAUGAACCGUGGUGGGGCCCUCAACGCCAAGACUCUGAAGUGUCCUGCGAUGUUGGUGGUGGGCGACAACGCUCCGGCUGAGGAGGGCGUGGUGGAGUGCAACUCCAAACUGGACCCGACCAACACCACCUUCCUUAAGAUGGCGGACUCAGGCGGACUCCCCCAGCUGACGCAGCCGGGAAAGCUGACGGAAGCCUUCAAGUACUUCCUGCAGGGGAUGGGCUACAUCGCGUAUGUGAAGGAUCGGAGGUUGAGUGGAGGGCCAGUGCCCUCCGCCAGCAUGACCCGCCUGGCGCGCUCCAGGACCGCCUCCCUGACCAGCGCCAGCUCCACGGAAGGCUCCCGCUCGCGGGCCUGCACCCACUCGGACAGCACCGAGGGGGUGGGCGCCGUCACCCACACCAUGGAGGUGUCCUGCUGAAGGGUCCGCGAGAAGAGGGGCGGCGGGAGGAUCCCAGGGGGAGACCAGCGCGAGAAAGAGAAGCGCUUUGGCCCCGAGUCCCCCGUCUGCCAUGUCCUCCCCCCUCCAGUGUAAAAUACCACAUGUAUUGCUACUAACCCCCCGGACCCCCUAUAUUCACCGUCAAGGCGCCCCAGUCACCCAGCACUUAAAGAUCUAGACUUACUUCUUAUAGUGUCUGACUUGUGUUUGCUAAGUGUCUCCUUGUUCUUUGGCUGAGUCUUUUCUCCCCCCCCCCCAAUCGCACCCCCACCCCAAACAAAGGACAACAAACCACUCAGCAAUAUUCAGAAACGUGCUGCUGUUGAUGAUGCCAUGAUGAAGGAAUAGUCAGGGUCCAGAGGGUGGCGCUAGGCGGUCCGGUCCUGGAAGCUCUGUCAGAAUCUCUCCCAGUCCAGAAUUGACCCAGCGGCAGGGGAGCGCAGUGUCCGCCGCACUUGUAGAACCGUAGAGCUUAGCGUUAGCCACGAAGCGUUGUGCUCAUUUCAAGCUGCUCUUUUUGCAAACGUAAACAUGGCAUCAUCUGCAUACACCAGCGUCUCGCCAUUAUUCCAGUGAUUCUCCAGGCGCCAAGCUAACUGUUGCGCAGACGUGAGGCGCCGCCACCUCGCUACGUUUUAAGAUGCCUUUGAUGUGCUUUUCACCUCCAAGAUAAACAUCUCGCUCUACUUUCACCUGACGGCUCAGCGCGGCCGCUUGUGAUGUCACACUUUUUCAUCGGAAGCUCUGUGUGUUCCAUACAACAAAAGUAGAACGAGUCGUCAUGCUGCUCCAGAACUGCAGUGCACCUGGUGGGGACGCUGUCCUCAUCCACAGUUGAAGUUAUCAGCCGUGGAGCUGCAUAACUUCCAGGGUGAGGCGCCCACAACAACACUUGCUGAGGACUAGCGUCUGCGCGAGAUUCGCCAGCAGCAUGCGGCCGUUGUGUUCUCUGGUCCUCGCAGCAACUGUUUCACACCGACCGCCGUCCUGAGCCGCCGUGUUUGUGCUGAAGGCGUCCGUGUUUCCACGUCAGCGCAGCUCUCACUUGUGUCGUAACCGUAGGCUAGUGGCUGUGCAUGCAUGCGAACCUUAGCGUAGGCCGGUCCGGCGUAGCGAGACCACACUAGCACCUUCACUCGCGCCUCAGAAGGAGAGUCUGUUCCGGGCGGUGCUUCUCGCCAGAAUCGGCUUCUCGUGGUCUCUAAUGCGACAAUCAAGCUCAGAUCCAAACCAAACCAGACCAGAGGGGUCGAGGCAGGACUCUGUCGUCGGCUCAGCUCCCUCACGUCAUCCAGCCCUUCUUCAGUGGAUGUACCAAAGCCCAUGCUAGGGCCCAAAGCUGAGUGCGUAGAUCAUCGUCGCUUGUGUUUUAUCGUGCAGUGAAGCAUCGUGUUCUUAGAAACCUUAGUCCGCCUGCUGCCACUUCAAUUCUGGACUUCUGAGUGCGCCACAGCGCCCCCUGGUGUCUGAAUCCUUUCACCUCCCUGAAACUACUUUUGCUUUCCAACACUUUGUCGAGACCCCGGUCAGCCUGUAGGGGUCGGGGCUUUUUUGGAGCCAUUUGGGCACCAAGCUCAGAAUGUAGGGAAAAACCCAGCGCCCCCAAAACAUAAAACCCCGCCCCCUCAAAAAAUACGCAGCGCCCCGACUCCCACAGGCCGACACACCCCACCCCGAAGGGCUAUCAGCGUUUGCUUUCUUCUGGAGCACCAGGGGGCGCCACUGAGAGCGAUUCUGCUCAGACUCCAGAAGGCUGGACCUUUGGAUUGUUUUGGUGAGGCCAGAUUAAUGUGAGGGCCUGGGACUGUAUUACACACAGUAUUACACUUUAGAUCUGAGGAAGAAUAAGGGUUUUGUUUUUUUGUUGAAAUGAUAAUAUUUGAAUCGUUCCGUGCCAAAUGAUGUCGCUCAUUAGCUAAAAAAGAAAACUAUUCAGGGGAAAAAUGAACCAUUGGAUGACUCCGACUCGGUCCCAGGUCCGGACGUUCCCGGGGAAAACCCGGCAAACUUUCAGCGGGACCCGGUUUCUCUUGUGAAUUUUCUGCCGUUCCACCCAAACAGCUUGGGGGCUCCUGAAUGUAUCGUCCCUUCUCCUGCAGUGCUGUACAGUAUUGUCGCCCCCCCCCCCCCCCUGCCCCCCCCCCUCACUCUAUGGUUUGCACACCCUCCUCGCGACGUUGAACCCGCGUCGCUCUUGUAGAUACCUUUGGUUUGCGCCGGGCCGAUGGGCCCGGUUCCUCCUCCCGGUCCCACAUGUGAUGGGCCCACCCUCUUACUGCCAUGAUGAUUUGUAUUUCAGCAAUAAGUUGUUAUGGUUUCUCUUGGGGUUUCAUAUUGUGAGUCUUCCCGACGAGCUUGUUUGUGUUCGCCACUCUAGACUCCGGCCGCUUCGUCGUUCCGAUGUGCAGAUGUAAAGUUUCAUUCUGUCUGUGUAACAGUGACUAAUAAAGAGUACGUGUUCCA